CUGAGAAAAAACUCCCUACUGGUUCAUUUCACCAUUAUCAGUUAUUACUACCCAGAAAUUUCUGAUUGAAUAGCAUUUUUAUUUUGUUUUUUCACUUCACUGAAAUUCUGAUUAAGUUUCACAAAAACCCAUCACCAUGGCUGCGUCCCUGAGUUGCUCAGCGGACCAACUGGCACCACUCUUCGGCCCAAACACCACCAACGCCGCCGCCGCCGCAGACUACAUCUGCCGCCAGUUCUCCGCCGUUUCCGACAAGUUCGUCGACACGGGCUACGCUAUCGACACCACUUACCUCCUUUUCUCCGCUUACCUUGUUUUCUCCAUGCAAUUGGGAUUCGCAAUGCUCUGCGCCGGUUCCGUACGCGCCAAAAACACUAUGAACAUUAUGCUGACCAAUGUCCUCGACGCCGCCGCCGGCGGCCUUUUUUAUUACAUGUUUGGCUUUGCCUUUGCCUUUGGUAGCCCUUCCAAUGGAUUCAUCGGCCGCCAUUUUUUCGGCCUUAAAGCUGUCCCUUCUUCGAGUUUUGAUUACAGUAAUUUCUUAUACCAGUGGGCUUUCGCUAUAGCCGCCGCCGGAAUCACCAGUGGGUCCAUCGCCGAACGGACCCAGUUCGUGGCCUAUUUGAUUUAUUCGUCAUUUUUGACCGGAUUUGUUUACCCGGUUGUUUCCCAUUGGUUCUGGUCCGGUGACGGGUGGGCCAGUGCUACAAACACAGACAACCUUUUAUUCGGGUCCGGAGUCAUCGAUUUCGCCGGAUCCGGCGUUGUUCAUAUGGUCGGAGGCAUAGCCGGUCUUUGGGGAGCAUUUAUAGAAGGGCCAAGAAUUGGCCGGUUUGAUCGCUCGGGGCGAUCCGUUGCUUUACGGGGCCACAGUGCUUCUUUAGUUGUUUUGGGUACGUUUUUGUUAUGGUUCGGGUGGUACGGGUUUAACCCGGGUUCGUUUAAUAAGAUCCUGGUUACUUACCCGGAUGCAAGUGGGAGCUAUUACGGUCAAUGGAGUGCCGUUGGCCGGACGGCGGUGACCACCACCCUUGCCGGCUGUACGGCGGCGUUGACCACGUUGUUUGGGAAGAGAAUUUUGUCCGGGCAUUGGAACGUGACGGAUGUCUGCAACGGGCUUCUAGGCGGGUUCGCUGCCAUCACCGCCGGGUGCUCCGUCGUGGAGCCGUGGGCGGCGGUGAUAUGCGGGUUUGUGGCGGCGUUGGUGUUGAUCGGGUGCAAUUAUUUGGCCGAGAAGGUAAAGUACGACGACCCGUUGGAGGCGGCGCAGCUGCAUGGCGGCUGUGGGGCCUGGGGAGUGAUCUUCACCGCGUUGUUUGCUACGGAGAAGUACGUCAGUGAAGUUUACCCGGAUAAACCGGGUCGUCCGUACGGGCUGUUCAUGGGUGGUGGUGGAAGGCUUUUGGGUGCUCAUGUGAUCCAGAUUCUAGUGAUAAUCGGGUGGGUAAGUGCUACCAUGGGUCCAUUAUUCUAUGGCCUUCAUAAGCUGAAUCUUCUUAGAAUCUCAGCGGAGGAUGAAAUGGCGGGUAUGGAUCUGACCCGGCAUGGUGGAUUUGCAUAUGUAUACCAUGAUGAAGAAGAUUCACAUAAGAAUGGGAUUCCAAUGGGGAAAAUUGGACCAGUUGGGUCAAGCUAAAAAAAGUUGGAAUUAUAAUUAUUUUUAAUUUUCCCAUUCCUAUGUGUUUGGGUAAUUUAAUUUUAUUUUUAGUUCCAAAGUUAGGGGGUUUUAUUAUAGUGUGAAUAAUUUUUUUUAAGGUAGAGGUUUUGGAUUAAUAAUGUGUGGAUGUGAUCAUGGGCAUGAAGAUAAAGUAAGCAUGAUGUUGUACUAUAUUGUUUUUGUGCUUCGUUCUUUUGACUAUGAACACUAUCAAAUCAUAACAAUAUCAUCUCAAUUAUUCAUUCGGAGACAAGUCUACAAGUUGGGAGAAAUUUUUUGUUUCUAUUUUCCUACAAGUUGUUCAAGACUUAUGUUUGGUUCGUUUUUUAUAUGUGUUUUUAGGUGUUUUUUUAUUGUAAAUGUAAAAAAGGUGUACUGAAAAAAUAAAAAAAUAAUAUGCUGAAAUGAGACAAUUAUUAUUAU